UUAUAAUAAUAAUAAUUAUAAUAAUAUAUUCGAGUUAUUAUCCUCCUUCAGUGUUCUGCAUUUUGCUUUCCCUGCUGAGAUUUUUUUUUUUUUCUAUAUUGUGUUUUUUUUUUUUUUUCAAUUUUUGAUUUUGUUUAUUGAGUUUGCUCAUAUUUGCUUGCCGGAUUAUAAACAUAUAAAAAUUUUCUCGACAACCAAACAAGCAAGAAAAUUGAUUGAAAAGGAAAAGGAUUUAAUUUCAAAUCCUAUUUUUUCGGGAAGAGUGGUGGGACUUUUUCUUUCUUAGUAUUAUUAUUAUUAUUAUUAUUAUUAUUGUUUUUCCUUUCAAACGGUGCCAUAAAAAGCUGGUAUGAAGAGGAAGGUGUUUGUUGCGUGAUUCAUUGAACCUAGACUUGAUAUUUUUGGGGGGUUUACUCUUCUUUACUUUCAUUAUAUAUUUCUUGAAUUUUAAUGGGAAUAAAUUUAUUCACAUUUUUGUGUUUCUGAGGACCAUCAAGUGUGGGGGGAGAAGAAAGGGAAGGUGAGGUUUUGAGUUUGAGUGGAUUUGUGAUAAAGGAAGACCUUUUCAAUUGUAGCUCCCACUAUCAACGGUUUUCAUGAGAAGCAUAUGAAGGAGGUGAACUCUUUCUGAUCACUGUCUAUGGGGCAUUCAACCGACGAGGAACUUGAAACUAAAGAGAUGGAUAUUAGAAGUCUCUCAUCCUCGCAACGCCAGGCACCAUAUAUGUACAAGGUUGGAAUUCCUCCGAAGCAAAAUCUCUUCAAGGAGUUCAAAAACACCGUGAAAGAAACGUUCUUUGCAGAUGACCCUCUACGUCCAUUCAAGGAUCAGCCAAGGUCUCGAAAAUUCGUCCUUGGUGUGCAGGCCAUUUUCCCCAUACUUGAAUGGGGAAGAAAUUACAGUCUAGCUAAAUUUAGAGGGGAUCUAAUCUCUGGACUAACCAUCGCAAGUCUCUGCAUUCCUCAGGACAUUGGAUAUGCAAAACUUGCAAAUUUGUCUCCACAGUAUGGAUUAUACUCCAGUUUUAUUCCACCCCUUGUCUAUGCCUUCAUGGGUAGCUCAAGAGAUAUAGCCAUUGGACCAGUUGCCGUGGUGUCUCUCUUGUUGGGUACCCUGCUUCAGAAUGAGAUUGAUCAUGUUACUCAUAAAGAAGAAUAUCUGCGGCUCGCAUUUACAGCUACUUUUUUUGCUGGGAUCACCCAGGCCACCCUUGGGAUUUUGAGAUUGGGUUUCUUGAUCGAUUUCCUAUCGCAUGCUGCCAUUGUUGGUUUUAUGGGUGGAGCUGCAAUCACCAUAGCCCUUCAACAGCUUAAGGGCUUUCUUGGUAUCAAAAACAAAAACUUCACAAAGAAAACCGAUAUAAUCUCUGUAAUGCAUUCUGUAGUGAAGUCGGCCCAUCAUGGAUGGAACUGGCAGACCAUAGUCAUUGGCGUCGCAUUUUUAAGUUUUCUUCUAGUUGCUAAAUACAUAGGAAAGAAGAACAAGAAACUCUUCUGGGUGCCUGCAAUUGCCCCACUGAUAUCAGUUAUUCUUUCUACCUUUUUUGUGUACAUAACACAUGCAGAAAAAGAAGGGGUCGAAAUUGUGAGGUAUAUAGAAAAAGGAAUCAAUCCUUCAUCCGUGAGUAAAAUAUAUUUCAGUGGUGAAAAUCUCGCAAAAGGUUUCAGAAUUGGUGUUGUGGCGGGUAUGAUAGCAUUGACGGAAGCUGUAGCAAUUGGAAGAACUUUUGCUUCUAUGAAGGACUAUCCGCUUGAUGGAAACAAAGAAAUGGUAGCACUUGGAACCAUGAACGUUGUUGGCUCAAUGACUUCCUGCUAUGUGGCGACAGGCUCAUUCUCUCGCUCUGCAGUGAAUUACAUGGCUGGCUGCCAAACUGCAGUCUCCAACAUUGUGAUGUCCUGCGUUGUAUUUCUUACAUUGGAAUUCAUCACACCACUUUUCAAGUACACCCCGAAUGCUAUACUUGCUGCCAUCAUCAUCUCCGCUGUGAUAGGCUUGAUGGAUUUUCAGGCAGCAGUCUUGAUAUGGAAGAUCGAUAAAUUUGAUUUCAUAGCUUGCAUGGGAGCCUUUUUGGGCGUCAUAUUUGUAUCUGUUGAGAUAGGCCUUCUAAUUGCGGUCUCCAUAUCCUUUGCUAAAAUUCUCUUGCAAGUAACCAGACCCCGUACUGCAAUUCUUGGAAAUAUCCCUAGGACAACCGUGUACAGAAACAUCCAACAAUACCCAGAAGCCACUAAGGUCCCUGGGGUUUUGAUUGUGAGAGUUGAUUCUGCUAUUUAUUUUUCCAACUCCAACUACAUAAAGGAGAGGAUAUUGAGAUGGUUGACUGAUGAAGAAGAAGAGACCAAAGGAUCCUACACAACAAAUAUUCAGUUUUUGAUAGUUGAAAUGUCGCCUGUUACUGAUAUUGACACCAGUGGCAUUCAUGCCUUUGAAGAAUUGUACCGUAGUCUCCAAAAGAGAGACGUUCAGCUUGUUCUUGCGAAUCCCGGUCCAGUGGUGAUUGACAAGCUUCACGCAUCCAAUUUUGCGAAUUUGAUUGGCGAGGACAAAAUCUUCCUGACAGUUGCAGAUGCUGUUGGAACCUGCUGUCCAAAACUGGUGGAAGAAGCUUGAUGAAAUAAUAUCGGGAUGCCAUAGUUGUUGUAUGAUAUAUAAAAUGAGAUACAUGAGAAUGCUGUCUUGAAUUGGAAAAUUAAGUUAGGCACAACAAGUCCAGUUGAGUAUUGGAUGUUGGGGCAAAACCAAAAAAAAUAAAAAAAUAAAAAAAAAUAAAAGAAAAAACGAAAAAAAGCAUUUGAAAGAGCUUCACUAGUGUAGUGCCUUUUACCCCGUGUUUCAAUUGUCUAUAGAAUCUAACUCUCUCCCUUGUGUCUCCCAAGAUUAUUGUAACCUUGGCCUCAUAUCCUCAUGGAAUUGAGGGAUUUUGUUUUCUUCCAAAUACAUAAAAAUGGAUUUCACUUUUUCCGUGA